UAAAGACUUCCUGUGGACAUGCACUGAGUCCUUGGCACUCACAGCCAUCUGAGACCUCAAAAAAAUGACCCCACUCACAUUUUUAGGAUGGGGAAGGGCAGGACUAACAGGCCAAGGAGACUGAAGAGCAUCUAUCUGCCCAGGAUCUGAAGGGAUGCCCGUUCCGGGGACUGGGGAGGAGCUUCCUACAGUUUGUAGUGGGAAGGAGGCAGUCUCCUUCAUUAUUCCUUUCCCCCUGCCAUUUCCUUCUUAAUGGUCAUCUCUGGCAGGUAUGUGUUGGCUGUCCCAUUUGUGCAUGUCAGCAGGUGAAUGAUCAAAUCUUGGAUUCUGAGUUCCGGAGACGGAGGGCUGUGGCAUUGGCAGCUCUGGUCCUAAGGAGGGAGCUCUGGCCUCACAUCCACUUAGCGCCAGGGUCCGCCAUGGAACUGUUUGCAGCCAGUGUCCUGGAGCAGCCUUCUGUGCAUGGUCAAGAGAGCAGGGGGACUCUGGUGGGUGGUCUACAGCUACUGCCCACGUGGCGCAGUGGCCUUUGAUGGGGUCUUUUGAGAGGGGUGGGGGAUGCUGGUUUGCAAGGGCGGGCCACCCUACUUGGCAGGCUGAGCCUGUAAUUUGUGUUAUAUAUAGCGGGUGGAGCUGGCCAGCCAGGGAGGGUAGUGUGGGGCUGUCAGCAGGCCUGGUGCUCAGAAAGCACGAGUCUCAGCGAGGAAGACACGGCGCUGGAACCCAUGGACACUUCCUAUCCCCGUGAGGACCCCCGGGCCCCAUCAUCCCGCAAGGCCGAUGCCACUGCCCACACAGCCCUCUCCGUGGGAACACCGGGCCCUACGCCACGAGACCAUAUGCUUUGGUCUGUCUUCAGCACGAUGUACCUGAAUCUGUGCUGCCUCGGUUUCCUGGCACUGGUCCACUCUGUCAAGGCCCGGGACCAGAAGAUAGCUGGGGACCUGGAGGCCGCAAGGCAGUAUGGCUCCAAAGCCAAGUGCUACAACAUCCUGGCUGCAAUGUGGACCUUGGUGCCCCCAUUGCUGCUCCUGGGGCUGGUGGUGACUGGCGCCUUGCACCUGUCCCGGCUAGCCAAAGACUCUGCGGCUUUCUUCAGCACCAAGUUUGACGAUGAGGACUAUAACUGAGAGUUCUGGGCCUGUCCUGAGCCAAGGACAACUGUGCCAGGUCACUGACCCCAGGCGCACAACACCAGCUUCUGGGAGCCUCCCAUAGCACCUUGAUCCCUGCCCAACCAUGACCUCAGGGGCCACCCUCUUGUCCAUGAUGUAUAUUCGACACUGACCUACUCAGACCCAUUAGACUUUAUCUCUAACUUUCAGGGUCCUCAGGACCUGGCUUUUCCCACCUGUCCCCCACUUACCAGGCUGAGCCUUCAUUCACGAUUAAAGGUGGCAGAUUCCAGAAAUGUGUGGGCUCCUUCUUCCUCGUGGUAGUGGUGUAGGAUGCCCCAGCACCAAAUCCUCUGGCCAACCCCAAGUCAUCUUAUUCUGUCUUCUUGGCUGCCCCUGACUACUGCUUUUGCUUAGCUAUAGUGUAGCCUGUGGCUUCUGGGGUGGAGGAGCUCAAGUAUUUUAGGAUGAAGUUCGGGAACUCAGGCCUUUGAUUCUUACUGCCCUGCGGUUGGAUGGGUUGUGUCCCAGAACAUUCGAGGGUGGGCGCCCUGACUCCCCAUAUGCCGCAGUGCUCUUCUUCCCCCCUGGGUUAGUAAAGGCUGUGGGGAAAGUGGGCAGGGUCCAUUUCCUAUGGGGGCUGGA